CGCGGGCCGAGAAGGGGCGGGCUCGGCCGGCGCGUGGGCCGGAGUUUUCCCACUCUCGGCGGGACUGCAGCUCCGCCGCGGACUCCUCGCCCUCCUCCCGGCCGUUCCCCGUCGCCCGAGCGGACGCCGAGAGCCGAGGCCGGGCAAGCGGAGCGCCAUGAAGGGCCGCCGCCUGACGCGCGCCGCGGCGGACGGGCUGGCCGGCUGAGGGCCCGCGGCCGGGCCGAGGGAUGCGGAGCCCGGGCGGGAUCCUGCUCCAGGCGCUCCCGCGGCUCCUGCAGCACGCCAGCCUCCCGGGCCGCGCCGAAGUGCCGACCGCUUGGGCCCUGCCGCCGGCGGCGGGCGGGGACGACCGGCGACCGCCUCCCCGCGGGGCGGGCGAGCGCGGCGGCGGGCGCGCGCGGCUCGGCGCCCUGCUCGGCGCCUAUCUGGAGCGCCACGGUCCGCCCGCGGCCUCGGAGCUGCCGGAGCCGGGCGGGUCCUUGGCGGGCGGGCCCGGGAGCGGCGGCGGCGGCGUGGUGGUCGGCGUGGCCGAGGUGAGAAGCUGGCGCUGCUGCUGCCUCGGCAGCACCUGUUGGUGCCGGAGCCUCGUGCUGGUGUGCGUGCUGGCCGCCCUGUGCUUCGCUUCCCUGGCCCUGGUCCGCCGCUACCUUCAGCACCUCCUGCUCUGGGUGGAGAGCCUCGACUCGCUGCUGGGGGUUCUGCUCUUCGUCGUGGGCUUCAUCCUGGUCUCCUUCCCCUGCGGCUGGGGCUACAUCGUGCUCAACGUGGCCGCCGGGUACCUGUACGGCUUCGUGCUGGGCAUGGGUCUGAUGGUGGUGGGCGUCCUCAUCGGCACCUUCAUCGCCCAUGUGGUCUGCAAGCGGCUGCUCACCGCCUGGGUGGCCGCCAGGAUCCAGAACAGCGAGAAGCUGAGCGCCGUUAUUCGCGUCGUGGAGGGAGGAAGCGGCCUGAAAGUGGUGGCACUGGCCAGACUGACCCCCAUACCUUUCGGGCUCCAGAAUGCAGUGUUUUCGAUUAUUAUAAGUAUAGGCCUCAUGUUUUAUGUAGUUCAUCGAGCUCAAGUGGAAUUGAAUGCAGCUAUUGUAGCUUGUGAAAUGGAACUGAAAACCUCUCUGGUUAAAGGCAAUCAACCAAAUACCAGUGGCUCUUCAUUCUACAACAAGAGGACCCUAACAUUUUCUGGAGGUGGAAUCAAUAUUGUAUGAUUCUAACAAAAUGUAUGAUUGUCAAGAGCCUAGUGUGCUGUCCAAGGUCUAGCAGUCACUUCCCUAGUGAGCAGAGACAAGUUCUAAUUGUAUUACGGCACAAACGAAACUGACUAGUUUUUAAAUUGCACAAUUUUUUUAAAGCAAGAAUCAUUUUCUGGAUACGUAAGUGUAAAUGUAGAUGCAAUUUUGGCUGCACCUCUUUAUCAUGCCUGUAUUGGCUUAUAGGUCUGCACUUUAGUGUUUUUUAAUUGUUUUAUUUCUGAGUACUUAUGAACAGAGAAAUAACCCAAAUAUUUUUUCUGCUUAAGUGUCUUUAUUUAUAAAGUCCAAGAAUAGUUUUAUGCAUCUUUCCUACUUAAAAAGAUGAGUAAAAGUAUGCAGUUAUUAAAUGUAUAAUAUUAUUGGGUGUUCUUUGUUUUGGUAGUCUUUCCAGAAAGGAUGAACAGUGUUUGUUUUGUUUAGUUUUAUUUUGUUGUUUUAGGUGGGACCACUUUGCUUCCCAUUUCCUUACUAGUUAGAAAAGAGACAUAAACUUUUCAGUUGAAUGUAUUUUUGCAAGCAUCCCAUCAUUGCAGAGCCAUUUACACCUAUUCACACAAGCUUAAAUCCUACAUUGUGGGACUGAAGUGCUCUUAAGAUAAUCUUUAUUUUCACUGUGUAAUAUGCAAAGCAAAAAGGAAAUUAUUUAAUGGGUGGUGGCUCAAAAUUAGAACUUGUGUUCUAAUUCAGUUACAUUGGCUUUAUCCUCCUUAGAUCUUUCAUCAAAGGGCUGUCCCAUUGCAAUCUUACUAAAACAUUUUAUUAAAAUAAACUUUUUUCCUUUUUAUAUUGAUAAUUAGGCUUUGAAAUAAAGAUGAUUUUCCUUUAAAAUGGUGGACUUACCAUCAUUAAAGGUGUCACUCAGGUGGCCUUGUUCAAUCAAAACGCCUUUUUAACAAACCAAGCUUUAAAACCAUGUUUAUAAUUUCAUUGAAGUACAUAUAUAUUUGUCCCCAUAGUCUUCAGCUUUAAAAUUACUAAUAUAAUAUGAACUUAAUGCCCAAUGUAUUAUUUGACCUACUAUAGGUAGGCUUAUUUUGUUUGUUUUUUUGGUACUUGUUUUUCUCUGAUAAGACUCAGGAAUUCUGAAAUGUGAAAUUAAAUGUUUGACUUCUUUCUCUUAUAGCAUGAAUCAGUUGUAUUUAUUAAUAGCACUUACAACUAUAGAGUACAAUAAUUCGGCAUAUGAUUCAUAUGAAAUAUGGGUUAUUCAUUUAUCACCUUUAUUUUUACAGUAACUUAAUGAGACCUUUUUUACAAAUGAGAUUAUAGAUAAUAAUACAAAUUUUCUGGUAGGUAUUUCUUUUUAUUAUGAAGAUUCCAGCUUAUCAGAGACCUCUCAUUUGCCUUUUCAUUAGGAUAAAACCUUUGGGCUGAUAUACUAAAAUACAAAGGAAUUCUUUGGAAGCAGAUUGUUUUAGUCUUAUUCUAGAACUGAAUUUGAUUAUUUUAAUGCGUAAAUUUUUUGCCCUAUUCGAGUGUUGUUUUUCUUUCUUUCAUCAUGCAUAAGUCUUCUCACCUUUGAGUGACAGUAAAGUUCAUUUAGAUGCCAUAUCUAGAAGACUUUAGUGCAAAUACUCUGAGAGGUACCUGGGUCUACAGGACAUAAUUGGCCUCCAACCCUUCAAUUAUUGGUAGAAAAAAAUAUAUAACUAUUCGAAUAUUCUUAUUCUUUUUUGAAUCCUAAUUGCUUUUUUUAGUUCUCUUUUUUGAAUCCUAAUUGGCUAUUUAGAUUUUUUAAUGAUUUUAGUUUAAUAAUCCAACCAACAAUACAUUUGAUUUAUUUCUAACUUGACAGCCUUUUUCUUGUGCUUCUUGUUUAUUGAAUAGCUUUUAAUUAAAGAAAUGAUUAUUUAAGAUCACUGUUUUUGUACUUGUUUUACACUUCAUGUAUUUUGAAGUGCAUUUAUUUACUUAGCAUUUGUGACUUGAAUAAUUUCACCAAAUGAAUAUUUUUUGGUAGUUCGUAAUGAGUUCUUCCAAUUGUUACACUUUGCUUGGUACUUGUAAUAAAUAUGUAAAGGUAAAAGAGAAAUAAUUUUUCUGUAUUCUGCCAAUCAUAAUUUUAUAUAAUAAAUCAUCCAUUUUUUUCUUAAAAUAAUAUGGAUUGACUAUUUCUAAACUACUAAUCUGUAGCUGCAGUUUUUCUUUCUUCAGCAUUUCCAGCCUUCAAGUAAACAUUAGUCUUUACAGUCAUGCUACUCCAUAGGUGGAUUUAGUUGCUGGGUUUUUAGGUUGUGCAAAGCAUUGCCAUGCCUUAUUCAUUCCAUCUCUAACCUUGCAUCCCAGAUUUAUGGUAGCAACACACUUCUCUAGGAUACUUUCAUGUUGCCCAAAUAUUGCCUUCAAUCAUAUAUACUUAUAAAAUGUCUCUAGUCAUGUAUAUUUAUAGAAAUAAAAUGUUUUAUAUUUUUCAAACUGUUUAAGUACGGUGUAAAGUUGCUCAGUGCACAUUUUAAAAAGCUUGUAAUACACUUAAUUUCCAAAUCAAUCUGAUGAAAAUGUGUUCUAUUUUUAAUCUUUGGGCCUUUCCCUAAGUUUUGCAUAUUUUGGGUUUAUUAUUAAUGAUUUUAUUUACUCUUUGCCAAAUUCUGUCAUGUAAAUUAUUUUAAAAUAAUACCUUAUAAAAAUAUGUAUAAAUUUACUAAGUGUCCAUUUUCAUUUGAUCAGCUUAUUUGUGCAAAAACUUGAAAUCUGUACUCUUUGGUUUGUGAAAAUAAUGUAACCAAAUCUCUGUCUUUAGAAUGUGUAUUUUAUGUCCAGAGUCACGGUAGGUUCAAUUCAGAGCCAGCCAUACUUUUCCCUUGAUGCACUUUGUAACCAGCUACAAAUGUUUUUAAGAUGGCGUUCCACUAAUAGGGUCAAGUAUAUGAUUAUAAAACAUUUUCCUUCUUGGGAACUGUUUAGUUCAGUAAUUAUUCUUAUUUGCCCUUGCUGUAGCUGAACUAAGUGGUAUAGGUACAAGCGUAUCCCAAGCAUUCCUGUGUUUGAUAAUGUGCCCUGCUGAUUUGGACUGUCCUUGGGUAAAAAUUUUCAUAUAUCAAUAUCUGUUAGCUCUGGGGCUAUCUUUAGAAUGCUUGAGAGAGUCACCAGCUAUGUGCCAGGUUGGUGUAGAUAAAUUGUUAGAUGAAAGGUAAAUCUAUGCUGUUCACAUUCAAGAAGCAUUUGCAGAGAAAAAAAGAGGUUUAUAUGGACCUCUGGAACAACAGUGCUAACCUACAUUGAUAACCUUAGUUAUGGAAUUUUGUUUCAGCUAGAGGCUACUCACUGUAUCAGAAUGCUAGUUAGUAUAACACUAUCUGGGUUUUAGAUUAGGCAUUGCUGAUUUCUGCUAUAAUAAAGUAUUUAGGAUAUAUUUUUUUUAAAAGAUCAUUGAUUUAAGCUGAAAAGCCAUUAAAGAAGGGAGAGAAAUCACUGUUCCACAGGAUAUUCAAAACUCAGGAGUUCAAAUAACCUCACAUACUGAACAUAAACUGUUAACUUUUUCCACAACUAAAUUAUAACCUGCUACUUCUGAAUUGCAAAGUGAUUGCCACAAACUUUUUUCUAAGGUGGCUAAAGAUUUAAAAUAGAUCAUUCUAAGAGUGAAUCAGUAAGAUGUCUUGAUAAUUGGUAUUUCAAAUCACUUGUGUGCCUGAGAAAAUAAAAGGUAAUAUUUUAUUUUUCUUCUCUCUUCUCUUUCUUUCCCUCUAUAGUAUAAUGGUUAUAGAGACAUGUCCCAUGAGAGGGAGUGAUUCAGGGGAUAGAUAGGAUGUGCUCCUAAAAGUGGGAAUGCUGGUAACUGACCCAAUGUGAUGUGGUUGUUAUUAUAGCAGAGGCCCUAUGGAGAAAUGAUUCCGAUGUCUUACGUUGGUGCUCGCUCUUCAGUAUUUUUCCUGUACUCCAAAGUCAUGAAUUGCCACUAGUCAAACAAUUGUUAUUAGUCAUUUUUCCCAUCCUGUGGUAAUAUUUAUGAUGCUUUUCAUAAUGUCAAAUCUAAUGUUCCGUUGAUCACCACCUGGCUUCCUUUGACUGUUUUCCUUGAGGGCACAUUCCAGCUGCCGUAACACUUUCAUCCUACCGCCAAGAAUAAUGUUUGUCCUUGUUUAUUUGUAGCAGGUCUAAUAUUGUUGUCUACCUUUUGUUAGCUAUUUUGGGACAAAACUACUUGCUAGAACACAAAAUAGAGAGGGCCACAGUGAGGUAAGCAUAUGUUGCAGAUUGCUUUCAUCUGGAGGGGUGAGGCGGCGCACCAUCAGAUAAGCGUGUUGGCAUUGCGGUGUGCUCCUUAUCUGAAGUUGUACAGUACUGUUUGCCAUGCUUACUCUUCUUGGUUGACAGCACCCAUCAGCAUUGUUGAGUGUGGGCAAUAUAUAUAUAUAUAUUGGGGUAUACUGUAUUAUGAGUUAAAUAUUGAACAUUUUUAGGGAUAGCAUUACAUGCAUGGUGGUGUUAAACAAAGUAUAUGUAUAUGGUAAAUUUAUAUGUAACCAAUCUUCCAGGUUUCAGCAAAGUUGAUUAUCCAAAUUGAAAAAUUGCUGACGUCUCGUAUUAAAAAGUGACUCAGUAUUCUAUGAGGUAGCUUGUUUGGAAUAUGCAGUGAAGUUGAAUGGAAAAGAGUGAAUAGAAUACAUACAGAACCAAAAAAGAAUAAUUUGAAAAUUAUAAAAUUUUUAGAGUAGGUAUACAAUUGGAGAGGUAUGCUUCGAUUGAGUGUAUUUAUCUUAGGAUAUAUAAAAAUUCAUGACCACCAUGAAGUAAUAGAAGCCAAAAGGGAAUGCUCUGAUUCUGUCUUUUUUAGUUAUCAAGCCAUUUUCAGUAGAAAUGUUUUGAACCAUAUCCUCUUUUGUACUCUUUAUCUCUUAUACUCCUGUCCUAAGUUGACUUUGGCAGGAAAGGCAGGGAACUGAGUUGUUUUCCACUAAAUUGUUUCAGUUCAUUACUCUGACUUUAAGUAAAUUAACUAGUUUUGUGUCGUCACAUUUCUACCUUAACUAUACAAUAGAACAGCUUUGCUUGGAAUCAGUGCUUUAAGUAGGUUUCAUAGCAGUGCAUUAAAUUAUUAGAUAGACUUGGAAUAGAUUCUGGAAUCAUAGAACUUGAGAAUGUCUUCCUUCCCUCCACUUGGCUGCUGGGUGCAGAUGGGGCCUUGCUUUCUGUUGGGAGUCUUGGCAAAGAGAACCAAGGCAAGGUUUUCUCCAAUGUGGGUUAGCAAAUGCCAGGUGGAGAGACUGGAGAGCUGCAGAUCUCGGGGAGACGUUGGCUUUGAAAUCUGUAGGCUGCUGAAUGGAAGUUUGAUAUUAGCUCCACCAAAAUAUGUUAGUUCUCCUGCGUGACCCCCAACAAGUGGCUGAGAAGGAGCUGAAUGGCUAGAGUGUUCCUGCUACCUAAGGAGGAAAGAAUUCAGGAAGACCAGAUGCAGAGAAGCUUCCUCCAAGGAACUCACAGCCUGCCUACUUAACAUUUCACCACUGGCAUGUCUGAUGUCUUAUAUUAAUUGCAGCAUUGUUCUUAGCAUCAAACAACUGGAAACAAAGUGAAUACAGUUCUCAUGGGGGAAUGACUAAAUAAAUUUUGAUACAUCUAUACCGAAGAAGAUUGAGCAGCCAUUGGAAAGGAUGAACUAGAGUAGAUGUAUACCAGUGAGUUAGAGGGAUUUCCAGCAAGUAUUGUUUUAUGAAAGGAACAAUAUGCAGAAAACUAAACAUAUUGCAGUUUUGAGAAAAUAUCCUUUGUCUUUUGUGUAUGCAUGUAUAUAUGUGAGUUUGUGUGCAUGUGAAUAUCUAUGUCUCCCCAUACAGGAUUAAAUGAAUAGGGAUAAAAUUGGGAAGGAAACCUGCUAGUGUAAAAUGGAUGAGAACGCUGAUGGUGGCAGAACACUGGGGUGGAGGCUUGAUGGGAUGGAAUGAAGAGGACAGAGAGGGAAGGUAAUAAAGCCAAAAAGGAAAGGAGAAAAUGCACUAUGUUUUAAAAAGGUAACAUGGUGGUACAAGUCAUCCACUUUUUAAAACAUCCCAGUUGAUAGUCAUUCUGCUCAAGUACUUGAAGUAACGUAGUACAGUGUUGAAGAGUGGCCGUUCUUAAAGCCAACUGUCAGUGUUCAAAUCCCAGGGCCACUACUUCUUGGAUUCAUGAUCUUGAGAAGUUAAGAAGUUAUUGAUACUUCUGGGUAAUAGCUUACCUUGUGGGAGUAAUUGUGAGAAUUAACAAGUGUAAUACAGGCCAAACAUUAAGAGUAACACUUGGUAAUAAAUACACUGUUGUUACUUGAAACCAGCUUGUUCUUGGGUGUUGAGAAGCUUUUUCAAUACUUGAAUGUGAAUUUGGCAACUAUUAAUACAUUGAGUUGGACAUUUAUGGGCUACAGCAGAAGAGAAGAUUAAAAUUUACCUGGCUCCCAUCUUUACAGAGUGCACAAGGAAGGUGGAGAGAGAACAUGUAUACAAAAUGACAACUAUAUCAUACUUUAGAGGGUAAAAUAUCAAUGUAAAAAUUAUUAUAGCACAAACUAAGUAAUUAGUGAAAGGAGUACUUACAGAAAUUAUUGAAUUUAGGGCCAGGUCAGGCAAGUUUACAGAAGAGGAUACAUUUGUUACCUUGUUUUUUGCAGGUAGAGACUAUAAAGUGCAUGGUACUCAAAUAGGUCUCUGCCCAAAAAAGAUUACAAAAUAUUGAAGUAAAGGGGAAAGUUGUACAAACAGAUAAGAACUCGUUUGUUUGUUUGAUAAACGAACAGGUUUUUAGUCUAGUAAAUUUUUCCCCAGUUGGCUACUACCUCCAUCAUCAGCUUUUUAAAUUUUGUAAAGCUAAUGUAUAACUUAGACUUAUUUGAAUUCAUAUCUUUUGAGUUAUCCAAGUUCUUUGGAUAACUCCAAGGUUGAUAUUUAUUGCACUCUGGUGGUUUAUUAUGUCAACUUUCAUCAGUAUCGUUCCUGCCUCGUAUUAUUAGAUAGUAAGAUAUAAAUUUUAUACAUUCCCACUCAGUUAUUUUUCUCAGUAAAUAGAGAAAAUCAGCUAGAUAUCAACUAUUUGGUAGGCUUCGGGGUUACAGAGAUAGGAAUAAUACUAGAGGGACCCUUAAUAUUUCGUGGGGAAGGUAAAAAAAAUGACAUAGUUGCAAUAAAAUGUGAGCGGGUCGAUGAUACAGGUUUCCACUGUAGAAGUGGAAGGAUAAGAUGGAAACAGGAGCUGUGGCAGGGACAGAGGGCCCUAGGGCAGAGGGGUGGGGUGGAUGAACCAGGGUUGGAAAGUGUGCUACAGUGAUGGCUGAAUUGAGUUUGGAAGGGUAAGUGCAAAUCAUCCAAAGGAAGAAGCGGACAGAGGGUGUUCCAAAGACAAAAGCUCAAGAGAACAUGCCAGAAUAGUUCAGUACAGCUAGCAGAUACUGGGCAACGGGGAUAUUGAACUAAGGCUGGAGAAUUAUAUAUAGGAGCGUGUGUUAUAACACACAUAGAUCAUAAGUAAUUUCAUAUAAAAUAUUAAGAAGUAACAAGUAUGGGCUUUAAAUAUGUGAAUGAGGAGAUACUGAAGUGACAAUUGGGUCUACAUUUUAAAUCACACUCAACAGUUUGGAGAAAUUGAAGAGGGUCCAAAGUACCAAUCUAAGAAUUAAUUAGGGGAGAAAUGAUGAAGGUCAGAAAUAAGACAUAACAGUAAAUGUGGGAAAGGGUUAUAUUUGAGAGUUAUAUAGAGAAUACAUUUGGCAAGUAUAGGAUAUAGGGCAUCAAAAGAGGGAAGAAGCUGUGAAGGCUCCUCUGGUUUUGGUAUGGAUGGUGUUUUAGUCCAUUUUGUGCUGCUGCAACAGAAUGCUUGAUACUGGGUAAUUUUUAAAGAACAGAUAUUCAUUGGCUGACAGUUCUGAAGUCUGGGGAGUCUAAGGUCAAGGCAGCAGCAGGAUUGGUGCUUGUUGGGGCCAUUCUUUUCUUCCAAGAAGGAGCCUUGCAUGCCGUGCACUCUGGAGAGGAGGAGGGUUGGCUGUCCACAGGGCAGAAGGUGGAAGAACCUAGAGGCAAAAGGGGGCCGAGCUUGCCAUUUUAUGAUGGUAUUAAUCCCACCUGUGAGGGCUCUGCCCUCAUGGACAAAUCACCUCUUAAAUGUCCCACUUCUUAACACUGUUACAGUGGCAAUUAAAUUUCACCAUGAGUUUUGGAAAGGACAUUUAAAUCACAGUAGAUGGUGACAUACGUAUGAGCAAUUUGGAGGCACUGGAGACCUUGGUUUGAGAUAUCUUUGGGGCAUGGAGAUCAAGAGAUACUGGGUAACUGAAUAUAUGGACUGAAAUUCAAGAAGAGAUAGGGCUGCAGCUAGAGGUUUGGAAAUUAUCAACAUACGUAGGUAGUGUUGGAUGCUUUUAGUGUGGAUCAGGUACCAAGUGGGAAGAAAUGGUGAACAAAACUAGGACCAGGCAUGAGAAGAGGGUCUUUUAAAGCAGACUGAUAAAGAGCAGCUGAGAGGGAAUGUCACAAGCAGUGGAAGGAGAAAGUUUCGAGAAAUAGGCUGCGG